GCCCGCGCCGCUGCGCGAUGCAGUGUGGGGAAUGGCUGGGGUUGGCUGAAGAGCGCACAGUGGAGUUUUAAUGUCCGCCAUGUUGGCCAUGGCGUAUUGAAGAGAGCGAGUGAGAGCGGAGCGGAGCGGCACAGGCACCCACCCUCCCGGCUGCUGUGAGGGCCCGGACGGCGGGCUCCACGCUCCGCCCCUCAAGUCCCCGGCAGCGGCAGGCGAGGGGGAACCGAACCCCGGGUUCUCCAUGAUCCCGCUGGCCGGGGCCGUUUCCCCAGAGCGGAGAGGUAUCUGCUGCGCCUGAGAUGAGUAAAUUGUCGUUUCGGGCGCGGGCGCUGGACGCCUCGAAGCCGCUGCCGGUCUUCCGCUGUGAGGAUCUGCCCGAUCUGCACGAAUACGCCUCGAUAAACCGGGCCGUGCCGCAGAUGCCCACCGGAAUGGAGAAGGAAGAGGAGUCGGAACAUCAUCUCCAGAGGGCUAUUUCAGCACAGCAGGUAUACGGAGAGAAGAGGGAUAACAUGGUUAUUCCCGUCCCAGAGGCAGAAAGUAAUAUUGCUUACUAUGAAUCUAUAUAUCCUGGGGAGUUUAAGAUGCCAAAGCAGCUAAUUCACAUACAGCCUUUUAGUUUGGAUGCUGAGCAGCCUGAUUAUGAUUUGGAUUCUGAAGAUGAAGCCUUUGUGAAUAAGCUGAAAAAGAAAAUGGACAUCUCUCCUUUGCAGUUUGAAGAGAUGAUUGACCGGCUAGAAAAAGGCAGUGGCCAACAGCCAGUCAGUCUGCAGGAGGCCAAACUGCUGCUGAAAGAAGAUGAUGAAUUGAUUAAAGAAGUGUACGAAUACUGGAUUAGGAAGAGGAAAAACUGUCGAGGUCCAUCUCUUAUCCCAACAGUAAAACAAGAGAAGAGGGAUGGCUCCAGCACAAAUGAUCCUUAUGUGGCUUUCAGAAGACGUACUGAAAAAAUGCAGACUCGAAAAAACCGUAAAAAUGAUGAAGCUUCAUAUGAAAAAAUGCUUAAAUUGCGUAGAGAUCUGAGUCGGGCUGUUACUAUUCUAGAGAUGAUAAAAAGAAGAGAAAAAAGUAAACGGGAACUAUUACAUUUAACACUGGAAAUUAUGGAGAAAAGGUAUAAUUUGGGUGACUACAAUGGAGAGAUCAUGUCUGAGGUUAUGGCACAAAGACAGCCAAUGAAACCUACUUAUGCCAUCCCCAUCAUUCCUAUUAGUAAUAGCAAUCAAUUUAAACAUCAGGAAGCAAUGGAUGUUAAGGAAUUCAAAGUUAAUAAGCAAGAAAAAGCUGAUCUUAUACGACCGAAAAGGAAAUAUGAGAAAAAGCCCAAAGUCUUAGCUUCGUCUGCUGCUGCUGCUGCUCCACAACAGACGAGCCCUGCUGCACUGCCAGUCUUUAAUGCUAAAGAUUUAAAUCAGUAUGACUUUCCCAGCUCAGAUGAAGAUCCUCUCUCCCAGGUUUUAUCUGGUUCUUCUGAAGCUGAGGAAGAGAAUGAUCCUGAUGGCCCUUUUGCUUUCCGUAGGAAAGCUGGCUGUCAGUACUAUGCUCCUCACUUAGACCAAACUGGCAAUUGGCCAUGGACUAGCCCUAAAGAUGGAGGAUUAGGAGACGUGCGCUAUAGAUACUGCUUAACUACCCUCACUAUACCCCAGAGGUGUAUUGGGUUUGCACGAAGACGGGUUGGGCGUGGUGGAAGGGUAUUACUGGACAGAACUCACUCAGACUAUGACAGUAUGUUUCGCCAGCUGGAUUUGGAAAUGCUUUCUUCCCCACAACACUCUCCAAUCAAUCAAUUUGCCAAUACCUCAGAAACAAAUACCUCGGACAAAUCUUUCUCUAAAGACCUCAGUCAGAUACUAGUCAAUAUCAAAUCAUGUAGAUGGCGGCAUUUUAGGCCUCGGACACCAUCCCUACAUGACAGUGACAAUGAUGAGCUCUCCUGUAGGAAAUUAUAUAGGAGUAUAAAUCGGACAGGCACAGCACAACCUGGGACCCAGACCUGCAGUACCUCCACACAAAGUAAAAGUAGCAGUGCAUCAGCACACUUUGCAUUUACAGCCGAACAAUACCAGCAACAUCAGCAGCAGCUGGCACUCAUGCAGAAACAGCAGCUUGCACAAAUCCAUCAGCAGCAAGCAAAUAGUCAUUCCUCUACCAACACUCCACAGAACCUUGCAUCUAACCAGCAGCAAAGUGGCUUUCACCUGAAUCUGCAUCAUAGCCAUUGUGUACAGGGUUUAGAAGGGACUCUACAGGGUUUUGUUUCCAAGACAUUGGAUUCCGUUAGUGCUCAGUUUGCUGCUUCUGCUUUGGUGACAUCAGAACAACUGAUGGGAUUCAAGAUGAAGGAUGAUGUGGUGCUUGGAAUUGGAAUGAAUGGCAUCUUUCAAGCCUCAGGAGUAUAUAAGGGCUUACACCUCAGUAGUACUACACCAACAGCACUUGUACAUACAAGUCCAUCAUCAACAGCAGGUUCAACCUUGUUACAGCCUUCUAAUAUAACACAGACUUCAAGUUCCCACAGUGCACUGAGUCAUCAAGUGACUGCUGCCAAUUCUGCAACAACUCAGGUUCUGAUUGGGAACAAUAUUCGAUUAACUGUGCCCUCUUCAGUCGCCACUGUAAACUCUAUCACCACAUUAAAUGCACGACAUAUACCUAGGACUAUAAGUGCUGUUCCAUCGUCUGCCUUAAAGCUGUCUGCAGCAGCAAAUUGUCAGGUGCCCAAGGUCCCAUCUUCAUCCUCUGUAGAUACAGUUCCAAGGGAAAACCACGAAGCAGAAAAGCCGGCACUGAACAGCCUCGCGGACACUACAGUAGCGAUGGAGGUGACGUAGCUCCUAUGGGAUGGAGCUGCAGCCUUGGGGACUCGAUUAGGUGCUGUGCAUCAGGAGCGUUCUGAAUGCAGGGGAUGGUGGAAUGCAACACAUGCGUUUCCGUGGCAGCUGUGGGGACUAGACAGCAAUGCACAUCUCUCAUGCUUUGAUUUUCUUUUCUUACUGUUAAUAGGAAAGAAUCAACAUCUGUAAAUUUAAGAAGACAGCAAUUACCUGUACAGUACUGCAUAUUUGUAAUACCCUUGUAUAUAUGUUACUUGAAUACAGAAAUGUUCAUUUGUGAUGCUUUGCACUUGGGGGGGGAGGGGGGAGGGAAACCAAUUGCAACAAAGAGUGUGAGAUGUGAGAUUGUAUAGAGAUGAAGUGUCAUCACAUCAUGUGCAUGGUGCGGAACCUGCUGUUUUAUCUAUUUAUUGUGCCGUGUUUACAGUUUUUUGUACACUGUACCUUCAUUGGUUCCUGUGCUGUAGUAAAUGUGUUAGGUAGCUGUGGACUCCUUGGUAUUUUGUAAAUGGUAUAACAUAACUUGGUUCCCCUCUGGGUCCCUGAGUUUUCUGUGUAUCAUGUGAAAAAAAAUGGUGACAUACAUACAGAAUUAAACAAAAAAAGGCAUCAGUUUAAAAUGGGGAAUGUACUAUUAAAUGGGGAUCUUCCUGGUCUACUAUCAUUAAGACAAGUAACAAGCUAAAGAUGAAGUCUCUUGAAUCUUCCCAUCCCCACUCACCCACAAAGCUGUGGGUGGUCUCUGGUACUGAAAGCACUAAGGUUAUGUUGCUGCUCCACAAACAGCCCAGUAGUCCCAUUUCCUUCCACACCAAAAAGUGUUAAAUCAAGUAUGCAAAUGGAGUCCUUACAACUGGAGUUUAUGUUGUCUUGCCCUUUUUUUUAGCACACAAAAUUGUAUUUUUUUUAAUUGUCGAAUUGUUUAAAAGACUUCAUUCUUUACUUGUUCUUUAGAAAAAGGAUAUAAGGGAGAAGAAUGCAGUAAUUGCUGUACGUGUAUCAUCAUUCCAGUUUCUAAAAACAGCCAGCCAGCUUUUUUCCUUUUAAGAUUCUCCAGAAGGCUGCAAGGCCAGAACCACAACUAUCGGGUGCCUUCCUUUGGAAAUAUUGACCUCUCUUCUGUGAAGAGAAUGGUACUUAACAGACGACUACUAGACUAGUGCUUUGUCAGUACCGAAGUCUGAAUGCCCAGGCCAACGGCAUACACUAUCCUUAAGGUUUUUAAUCCCACCUGGAAAAAUUGUGACAGAACUCUCACAAAAUAAACCCAGGGCAUUACAUGUUG